AUGACGACGACUACAAAAGGAGAAGAGGAAGAAGAAUCAGAGCAAGUGGUAACCCCGUGGGACGUGUCCGCCGGCGCCGAUGGGAAAAUCGAUUACACGAAACUGGUGCGAGAGUUUGGGUGCUCGGAAAUCGACGAGAACUUAAUCGAACGCAUCGAAAGGUGCACGAAAACAAAAGCGCACCCGUUUUUACGCAGAGGCUUAUUCUUCGCCCACAGAGAGCUCGAUGAAAUCGUCUCCGCGUACGAGAAAGGAGAGAAGUUUUAUCUCUACACCGGACGAGGACCGUCGAGCGAAAGUUUACACCUGGGGCAUCUGGUGCCGUUUCAAUUCACCAAGUGGCUGCAAGACGCGUUUAAAGUCCCCUUAGUGAUUCAGUUAACGGACGACGAGAAGUUUUUGUGGAAGGAUUUACAGCUGGAAGAUUGCAGAAGGCUGGCGAGGGAGAACGCGAAGGAUAUCGCGGCGUGCGGGUUCAAUCCGGAGACGACGUUUAUAUUCGCGGACGCGAGUUACAUGUGUUCGAGUUUUUACGUGAAUAUGGUGAAGAUUGCCAAGUGCGUGACGUUUAAUCAAGCGAAAGGGAUAUUUGGGUUCACCGGAGAUUCGAAUAUCGGGCAGAUUGGGUUUCCUCCGGUGCAAGCGGCGCCGAGUUUUCCGGAUUGCUUUCCGCACAUGUUCGGGAUGAACAAGAAAUCGUUGAAGUGUUUGAUUCCGUGCGCGAUUGACCAGGAUCCGUAUUUUAGAAUGACUCGAGACGUGUCGCAUAGGAUUGGCGGGUAUAAGCCAGCGCUCGUGGAGAGUCGAUUUUUCCCGGCGUUAAAAGGUGAGAGCGGGAAGAUGUCCGCGAGCGAUCCGACGAGCGCCAUUUACGUCACCGAUACCGCCAAAGAGAUUAAGAAUAAGAUUAACAAGCACGCGUUUAGUGGUGGAGGCGCGACGAUCGAGGAGCAGAGAGAAAACGGAGCGAAUUUAGAGGUAGACGUGCCGUGGAAGUGGUUGAACUUCUUUUUAGAAGACGACGAGAAAUUAAAAGAGAUUGGAGAGAAGUACGGAAGCGGAGAAAUGUUAACCGGAGAGAUUAAACAGAUUUUAGUCGACGUGUUAACGCCGAUGGUGGAAGAGCAUCAGAAAAGGAGAGCGUUAGUGACCGACGAGGUAUUAGAUGUCUAUUUCAACCCUACAAAAACACCGAAAGUGUUUUUAGAUUUGUUUCGAGAGUACGAGGAGAAGGAGUUCGGUAAGUGGGAAAAGAAAAAAGGAGGUGGGGAUUCCGAAAACGACGACUUGUGCGCGGCGUUGGAAGAAAAAAUGAAACUGGAAGGCGCGACUGAAAACGAGGAAGGAUGCGCAAUUGGCGCGCCGAAGAGCGAAGAUUGGUUGCGAAUACGCAAAGAGAGAAUGCAACGAGACGCCCCGACGGAAGGUUCGAAAUCGGCGCUGAAGAAAGCGGCGAAAAUCAAAGCGGCGGCGGAGAAGAAAGCAGCCGAAAAGGCGGCGAAAGCCGCCGCCAGAGGAGAAGCGGCGACGUGA